AUGAGUUUUACAUGGUUUAACGAACCUAAAAAAUGGUCCGACAAUUCAUCAGUAAUUACCGUUCAUACAGAUGGUAACACAGAUUUUUGGCGCAAGACACAUUAUGGUUUUGAACGUGACAAUGGACAUUUUUAUUAUCGUUCUCUGCCAGGUGACCAAUCCUUUACUGCUACAGUCAAUAUACGAGGAAAAUAUCAUACACUCUACGAUCAAGGUGGUUUAAUGUUACGUAUUGAUGAAAAGAAUUGGAUUAAAUGUGGAGUUGAAUAUGUUGAUGACAAACAAUUUGCUAGUGUAGUUGUUACCGUUAAUGGAUGGUCCGAUUGGAGUGUCGUGUCAAUUGAUUCACCUGAUGUUUUAAAAUUACGUGUUAAACGUGUAAAAGAAGCAAUACAUAUAGAAUAUGCUGAAGGUGAAAAUGGUGAAUUUAAAAUGAUGAGAUUAGCUUAUUUUCCAGUAAUUGAUGAGAAACAAUCUUUAAUGGUUGGAAUUAUGUGUGCAUCGCCUGGUGAAGAUGCACAAGGAUUUGAGAUUACUUUUCAAGGAUUUAAUAUUAUUCAAAAUCAAGAAAAAUAA